UAAAACCCUACUUCCCCCUCUGCUGCUCUAUAUAUAUCUUUCUCUUUCUCAUAUCGCCAAAAACAGAUAUCGAUAGGUAUCCGUUCGUUCCUUCCUUCCUUCAUCCAGAUUCCGAUGGCGUUGGCAUCCAAGUUAGCUCAGUUGCAGUCCAAGGCAACUCAGGCAUCUCAAUUUGUAGCAAAGCAUGGUCCUUUAUACUACAAGCAGCUACUAGAGCAGAAUAAGCACUACAUUCAGGAACCACCCACUGUUGAGAAAUGUGAUCUUUUGUCAAAGCAAUUGUUUUACACUCGUCUAGCCAGUGUUCCUGGUCGUUAUGAGGCAUUCCAGAAGGAGAUUGAUUAUGUCAAGCAUAUGUGGAAGAACAGGAAGGAAUUGAAGAUCGAGGACGCCGGCAUUGCUACUUUAUUUGGUUUAGAAUGUUUUGCUUGGUAUUGUGCUGGAGAGAUUGUUGGUCGAGGGUUCACCUUCACUGGUUACUACGUCUAAUCGAGUCAACAACAACAGCUUUCACCAUGGUCUCUUUCUUGAUGUUUUUGUCAUAACAUACGAUUUUCUUAAAAAUUACCGAGUUAGCAACAAGCCAUUUGUUUCAA